AUGAUUCAAAAACUCUCAAACAUAGCUGAUCAGCUAAGAGAAAGAGAACAGAUCUUGCCUGAAGUCCAACUUGUCUCCAAGGCCCUUGCAACACUUCCGGAAAACUUCCGAAUCGUCAGGACUGUUUGGACCAGUCUCCCAGCGAAUGACCGGACUCUUGACCAUCUACUGCAGCGACUCAUUACUGAAGAAAGCGUUCUGAAGUCUUACCAAACAAAAACGGAAAACAACAAUGAAGCUGCAUUCACCAGCCGCCAAAGAUUUAACUCUGGUCGCGGAGGAUCUGGAAGAGAACGUCAUGGGGUGCAAGGUGGCUUUGUGGACAAACGGCCACGUUGUGGCCACUGCAACAGCCCAACCCAUGAAGAAAAGGUCUGUUUCCAAAAACACGGCUACCCCCCAAACUGGAACACCACGAAAAGAGGACGAGGUAGAGGCAGAGGUGGGGGCAACCCAUCCAAUUCAUCCAACGCCCUAUUGUCUUUAUCAAAUCUGGAUCCGAGAAGUAUACUGACAUUCCUCGUGGACUCAGGUGCUUCCAAACACAUGAGUGACCAAAGAAGCUUUUUCACAACCUUCAAACCAAUCAAAGCCGGCACUUGGUCUGUUAAAGGCAUCGGAGACUCUGAACUGGACGCUCUAGGCGUCGGCAACAUUGACGUUAUUGUAGAAGUUGAUCAGACAACAACAUCCAAGACAUUAACGGAAGUUCUAUAUGUCCCUGGACUUGGCUCAAACCUCUUCUCCGUGAGUGCAGCAACUGCCAAUGGUCUAAUAGUCACAUUUGACGAUAACAAGGUUCUCUUUAAGAGAAACGGCGAAACAGUCCUCACCGGGGAGAAACAAAACGAGACUUUAUUCCAACUCCACAUGAAACCUGACAUUCAUUCGACCCAGAGUGACAACAUCCAACCUCUCACUCUCGUCGCGCUUGUACAAUAA